CUCUUAUUUCACAUACAAUUCGCAUGAUCCUAGGUCGUCUGAUUAUCCGAGUCUGAUUUGUAUUGCCGUAUCAAUUGCUCGCUUUUCGAACUUGGUAGUUUAUUUUUGUGUAUUAAACGCCAAUUGAUUAAAUCUUUUUAAUUAAUUAUUUUAAAAGAAGGUAUUGAAUCCAAGAUUCGUUCGGAAAUGACAUCGAAAGGCUCCUUGCUGUGCUAUAACCGAGGAUGUGGACAGAGAUUUGACCCAGAAGACAAUGACAAUGAAGUUUGCCUUCACCACCCAGGUGCCCCCUUUUUUCAUGAUGCUUAUAAAGGAUGGUCUUGCUGCAAGAAGAAAUGCACUGAUUUUACUGAAUUUCUUAACAUUAAAGGAUGCUCUAGGUCAGCCCACAACAGUGAGAAACCCAUAGAACCAGAGAAGCCUGAAGUAGAUAAAUCAAAAGCAAGGGAAAUCAUUGAAUAUAAAGCUCCUGAACCAUUAAAGCCAUCAACUUUGCUGAGGCCUCCAUUUAAUUCUCCUCUAAUUAAACUGAAAUACUCAAUUAGUGCUAGUCUUCAACAGGAACUGGAAAAAAGUAAAACCACCGACAAUUCGCCUCAAACGGCCAUGAAUAACACAUUUUCUGAUAGCGUCAGAGUAGGCGCGUGUUGCAAGAAUGGAGGUUGUCAGCAGACAUACCAAAAUGAGUCGAGUAACGAUUCGCCAUGUUUGUUUCACCCUGGUGUACCGAUUUUUCAUGAAGGACUCAAGUAUUGGACAUGUUGUACCAGACGCACAACCGAUUUUCAAGCCUUUCUUAAUCAAGAAGGCUGUUCAACUGGAACACACGUAUGGAAGACUGAGAAAGAAGAGCUUAUCAAGAAAUCUGCUCAAUGUCGGCAAGAUUGGAUGCAAACUGGGACACACGUCAUAGUUAAUAUUUAUUGCAAGAAACCCGAUCCUACUAACGAAACUUUAACUUAUGUCGAAGUGAAUCCUGUGCGCUUACGCGUCAAAAUUCACUCCUUUACUGGAGGACCUUCCUAUAACUCCGAUAUUGAGCUGCGAGGAAUUAUCGACACCGUGAACAGUAGCGUUAUCUACACAGCGAGCAAAGUUGAAAUCAAACUGAAGAAAGCCGAACCCAUGUCAUGGAACAAGUUAGAAGUACCUCGUCAAGAAUCUUUGGCAGCGCAGCCAGGUUCGGUGCAAAAAGAAGAUAAAGAGGAAAACAUGCCCAAAGUCGAUGUGUUGGAUUUAAGCGAUCUGUGAAUCUAAAUGAAGUUACACUGUUUACCUGGCCCAUGUUAAACAUAAAAAAACUAAACUUUGUCAAAGAAUGCCGCUUUAACGAGGUUAUUCCUUGCUACGUAUCGAGUGCGAAACAAAUCAGAACAAUAAAUAAUACAGUGUUGGGAGCAUUAAA